AGACCUUUCCCAUAGAAGACAAAAAAUGUUCAAAUUUCUAAGAAAACACCUUACUGUUCCAGAGAGACCUUCGAGACUCUCAAUCCUAAACUUCGCCAAGCCAGACGCUUUCCCACGAAUCCAAACCACCUCUGACUCCACGUUGGGAGGUUAUUCUACGGCGUAUCUAGAACCCUACAGAGCUAGCGCAGAUACUAAUUUGGUUGGUCAUUUCCAUGGAAACUUGAACCAGACCUUGCCAAAGGGUGAAACCAAAGUCAAACAAAGUGGUUGGGCAAUGUUCAAAACCAAAAAUAGAAUUCAGGAUCCUAACGCUCAGUUCAAACCUUUCUAUCUUUUCAAAAGUCAGGCUAACUUCUGGUGGGAUUGGUCACCUUUUGAAGUUUUGCAUAUGCGCGUUAUGAACUUGACACCAAACAGGAAGUUUAUGGUUAAUAUUCAAACUGAUACUAUGUCAAGAACAGACUUGUACCAGCAUAGGUUGUUCACCAAUCCCCUAUCUUCGGGAUCAUCUGAUUCAAACGCUAGUCCAGUUUGGGAAAACAUCUUCAUUAAUUUGAAUGAAUUUGUGCUUACAAAUAGGAGGCACCGUUCAAGUUCAAUAUCAAUCUGA